GGUUCUGCGCUUGCGUGAGGUAGACAAGUCAGGAGAACUCGACAGGUCGAGGUUUUUCGAGGUUAUAUAAUAUAAUACUUACACUUUUUGCUUAUACAUAUUGUUUUCAGCCAGAUACAGAGCAAUGAAUCCUGAUAUCACGAAAGAGCGGCAAAACGCCACUUUUGACGUCGAGAAACUGACCAACAUUUUGGAUGGGGGCCCAGAAAAGACCAAAAGACGGCGAGAAAUUGAGUCAAUGGUUCUCAACGAUCCGGACUUUAAGGAGGAAGACCCAAACUUCCUAUCCCGCAGUGAGCGCUAUGACCAGGCUGUUAGGAAAAGUGCCAAAAUGAUCCUGAAGCUCAGAGAGUAUGGCAUUGCGGACCCAGAAGAGAUCUACUGCUAUAAGAAUAUUGCUAAGGGCAACCAUCACGAGGCCAUGGGGCUGCACUUUGUCAUGUUCCUCCCAACCCUGUACAGCCAGUGCGACCCUCAGCAGUCCAGGAUAUGGGUACCUUUGGCAGAGUCCUUCCAGGCCAUUGGCACAUAUGCCCAAACUGAGCUGGGUCACGGCACUCACCUCAGAGGGCUGGAAACCACAGCCACAUAUGACCCAGCCACUCAGGAGUUUGUCUUGAACAGUCCCACCGUCAGCUCCAUCAAAUGGUGGCCUGGAGGACUUGGAAAGACCUCAAACCAUGCCAUAGUUCUAGCCCAGCUUUACACACAGGGAAACUGCCAUGGUCUGCAUGCUUUCAUUGUACCCAUCCGUGACAAGAACACGCAUGUACCCCUGCCAGGUAUUGUGGUUGGAGAUAUCGGCCCCAAGUUUGGCUUUAGUGAAGUUGACAAUGGCUUCCUGAAACUAGAGAAUGUACGAAUUCCACGGGAGAACAUGCUGAUGAAAUAUGCCAAGGUGGAGCCAGAUGGAACCUAUGUGAAGCCGCCAAGUGCCAAGCUGACCUACGGCACCAUGGUGUUCAUCCGUUCCAUGAUCGUAGGCGAGUCAGCUCGGGCCCUCGCUAAGUCCUGCACCAUUGCCAUCCGCUACAGCGCCGUUCGUCAUCAGUCUGAAAUCCGGCCGGGAGAGCCAGAGCCUCAGAUCCUCGACUACCAGACACAGCAGUACAAGCUGUUUCCUCUGCUGGCUAUGGCCUAUGCCUUUACUUUUGUUGGUCAGUAUAUGAGCCAUACCUACCACCGCAUCAGUGGAGACAUCAGCGAAGGGGACUUCAGUGAACUGCCAGAGCUCCAUGCCCUGUCUGCUGGACUGAAGGCCUUCACCACUUGGGCAGCCAACUCUGCCAUUGAGGUGUGCCGCAUGUCAUGUGGUGGCCACGGCUACUCUCGCAGCAGUGCCUUGCCGGACAUUUAUGUCGAGUUCACACCUACGUGUACCUACGAGGGAGAGAACACUGUCAUGAUGCUGCAGACUGCACGAUACCUAGUGAAGUGUUACCGGCAGGCUAAAGCCGGCCAGCAGUUGAGCGGCAUUGUGUCGUACCUGAACGAAUCAGAGCAUCGGAGGAUCCAGCCCCAGCCCGUCGCUGCAAGGCCAGUCGUGGUGGACAUAAAUGACCUGGUGAGCCUGGUGGAAGUCUACAAGCUACGAGCUGCCAUUCUGGUAGAGCUGGCAGCUAAGAGCAUCCAGCAGGAGUUGCAGCGCAGAAAGAGCCAGGAGGAUGCCUGGAACAACAGCUCUAUUGACCUGGUCAGAGCCUCAGAUGCCCACUGUCACUACGUUGUAGUGAAGCUGUUCACUGACAAGCUGGGAGAUAUCAGUGACACAGCAAUACACUCAGUGAUGUCAACCCUGGCUCUUCUCUACGCCCUGCAUGGCAUCACAAACAACUCUGGAGACUUCCUGCAGGCUGGACUGCUGAGUGUGCCCCAGGUCCUGCAGAUUUCUGCUCGUAUUAAGGAGCUGCUGUCUCAGCUGAGGUCCAACGCUGUGGCACUAGUUGAUGCCUUUGAUCUCCCUGACAAGAAGCUGAAUUCCGUCCUUGGACGAUAUGACGGGAAUGUCUAUGAGCACAUGUUCGAGUGGGCUCGCCGCUCACCCUUAAACACUACAGAGGUCCAUGAGUCUUUCCACAAGUACCUGAAGCCCCUGCGGUCCAAACUGUGAACUGACCCUGGCACCUUGAUUCCUGGCUAUGACCCUUCAACUCUGUGCAUAUAGACUCAGUGUUGACAGUAUUAUAUCAACCCCAUGACAGUCUUCACUUGGCAUCAGCUGGUAUUUAUCAGUGUGAAGGAAUUUAGUCUGUUUUCUCUCUAUAUGUGGUCAAGUUGAACACUGUAAUCAGCCUCUCUAAAUGCCAUGGUAUAUUGUAACAUUUUGGAGCAAUGUAGUGCACAAGCUCAUGUUUUUGGGCAGUGGGGAAUGACAGGCUAAACAGGUAAAGCAAUCUGAAAAUAAUGUUAACAAUAAGAUGAAUGCAUGAAAGCAGGAGUAAUUAUUAUAAUUUCUUUGUGGCAUUUCAUUUCCCCAAAUUUCAUUGACCUAAAAAACAUUUAUAAGGGUUGAUAGGUAGUUUACAUCAGAUAAGCAGUCUAACAAAUUGAAGCAGAGGUCCAGUGGACACAUCAAAUGAAAAUAUUUCACUGUAAAAUACAACACACGUGAUUGAGUUCAACUUUAGAGCAUUAAAAUGUUGAUUUAUUUGAACUGUGCCUUUAAAAAGUCACUGUCUUGCACUGUAUCAAACUGUCCUCCACAGCCUUAAUGAUACUUUACCCAUAUGUAUGAUUUUAGCGUCAAAGACUCUCCUUCUGUAGGUCAUAUCAGGUUUAAAGGUAAAAAAAUCUGACUUUACUCUCAUGAAUAACAUUACUUCAAAGAAAUGUACAGAUUAUAUUCUUAACUGUACUCGUAGAGGCCUAUGGAGAGAUGAUGUGUAUGAGACAGUGGCUUUCAAAGAUGAGAUGAAAAAUUAGCUCACUCUAAGGAUUUCUCAUCAAGCAAGGGUGAUCCUCUGUUAAACUGUGUUUCAUUGUUAGAUUGAAUGAUUACAUUUUUGUGAGCGUCCAUAUAAUUUUGAAUGUAUAUGACUUAAAGCUUUCUGCAGAUAACGGUGAAGGAUGUCAGGUGUUUUAAAAGGCCACAUAUGCAAUGUAUGUGCGAAGUAGUGUUGUGCCUCCCUGCUGUGGGGGGUUGAUAUAAGUACUUUGGAAAGGAUUCUUUUUAGUUUUUGUUGUAAUCAAGCACAUUUCAAAAUACAAUUAAAUUCACUGACAGUAUUGUUUCACAUUCAAAUCCUGCAGUUUGACUAUUUCUGAUUCAAAUGUAAUUGAAAUAUUUGCAGAUGGGGUAAUUGUUUUCCUAGAUCAGUGUUUCCAUGUGUUUGUUAUUACAGGCUCAGAAAAUCUUCGAAUUUUCAUUAUAAACUGAAUUUACAAGCAGAAAUGUAUGAUACUUCAUAGAAUUGGUGGAUAGAAGUAGGAAACGAAUUUGAAGAAAUUGUUUUAACUGGAAAGACACCAUGAUGAAAAGGAGAACUUUAAUCUAAAGCCUCACUGGUAACUGGAGAUGAUUUGUGGAAUAAUCUUGUGCCUGGAGAAGCCAUCUUUUCUAAAUCUAUCCAUUGUAGCAUGUUCUCUCACAAGUACCAUAACCGUUUUCGCUUUCUGUAUAUGUUUGACUUUUAAUCAGGAGAUUUCUGCUGUAAGAGCUUGAUUAUCUUUGUGUAUGUAAGUAGUUUGUAAAUCAUAUUUGUGUUCUAAUUUGUCUGUGUUUUACAGGUUAAUACUGCACUUAAACAACAUGAUUUUAAUGGUUGGUAAAUAAUUUGACCUGUAAGCUUUAUUAAUAAAAAAAUAAAUAAUCAA